AUGACAUCGACUAUAGUAGAUGACUUCGGACAAGGGUGCGUCCAAUUUAUUUUUGCCAACCUGUCAUCUGAGCUCAUGAGUCCCUGUUAUCUUUUCUUUGCCUGUGUCUGCUCCACCAUCGACAUGAUACAGCUUUCAAUUGUUCACUUGCCUCGUUCUUGUCUGUUGAAGCCAGCUGCCGCUCGCCUUCUCAUUACAGCGAUUCGCGACCGUCAUCCCGACAUUCCCAUCCACGUACACACACACGACACCGCCGGAGCUGGGGUAGCCUCGAUGCUGGCUGCCGCAGAGGCUGGCGCAGACAUCGUGGACGUCGCCGUCGACAGCCUGAGUGGCAUGACUAGCCAACCGAGUAUGGGGGCUGUCACUGCCUGUCUUCAGAAUGAUCCUAAACUGUAG